AAUGCCCAUAAUCCCACUUGAAGUGACAAAAUUCUAGCGCAUGACAGCUAAUAAACCUCAUAAAACUACGCCAAAUCCGUACAGCUAAUACUUUCACAUACUUUGGCAAUUUAAACAAAAAUUCAAUCAAAUCUCCUUCUUUCUUCAUCUCUCUCUCUCUCUCUCCUUCAAUCUCUCCAAACAAACCGUUCUCCGAAGUAACUACACCAAUCUAUCUCUCUCAGACUUUUUUUCAAACACCUGCUCUGCGCUUUUGUUUUUUGGUUUUGGUUUGGAUUGCUCAAAUGUGGAGCGACAGUGAGGGGGGCACAGUUUACGGGUAAAAAGAAUUUGCUCUUCUUUGAAUUAUUUUCAAAGCGAGUUUCGGGAGAUUCGCUGGCCCAAACCAAAAAAAACCACCAUGUCUUCUAGUUUCAGUCCGUCAUGGGGUCCCAGCACUGGGGGGAGUUCGAGGUUUCAGUUGGGAGGAGUUGGAGGUGUAUCCAGGUUGAGAUCUUCGUCGCUUAAGAAACCGCCCGAACCACUCCGCAGAGCCGUCGCUGAUUGUCUGUCUUCCUCUGCGGCUAACUCACACCAUGGCAAUCCUUCCUCCGCUGUUCUCCUUACCGAAGCUUCCAGGACUCUUCGGGACUAUUUAGCAAAUCCUCCAACAAUGGACUUGGCUUACAAUGUCAUUUUAGAACAUACAAUUGCUGAGAGAGAACGCAGCCCAGCAGUUGUUGCAAGGUGUGUGGCACUUUUGAAGCGCUAUCUCCUAAGAUAUAAACCCAGUGAGGAGACAUUAUUGCUGAUUGAUCGAUUUUGUGUGAGCACUAUUGCUGAAUGUGAUACUAGUCCAAACCGAAGAUUGUCUCCAUAUUCACGACCUGUACUUCAACAAUCUGGUGCAUCAACAGCAUCUAAAAAUAUUUCUCCUUUGCCUGUAUCUAGUUUUGCUUCUGGGGCACUUGUAAAAUCAUUGAAUUAUGUACGUUCUUUAGUGUUUCAACAUAUUCCAAAGCGGCUAUUUCAACCAGCUGCUUUUGCCGGAAACCCCUCUACUUCAAGACAGGCACUUCCGACACUGUCAUCUUUGUUGAGUAGAUCCUUCAAUUCUCAAUUAAGCCCUGCACAAAAUGCAGAACCUUCGGAUAAUAAAGACAUUACAGUUUUAUCUCUUUCAAACUCAUCAAACAUUGAAAAGGUUGAUGGAACAGAUGAUUUUGAAUACAUUCCACUUGAUGUACUCAAAUGGCGCUGGCUUGGGGAAUGCCAAUCACCAUUUUUGCCAGAAAGUGACCGUUACAUGAAUCCUCAAGACAUGCGAAAACAUAAUUUCAUAGAAGUAGGUGCUGCGGCUUUACUUGUCGGAGACAUUGAAGCUAAAAUGAAUGGUCAACUGUGGAAAUAUUUUGGAACUGCUGAUAUGCCUUUUCUUGAUCAACUGUUGCAGCCUUCACCAGUAACAACAAUCACAGAUUCUGCCUUUGCCCGUCCCCACUUGAGAGCGAUAACAGCGUCUAAACGCACUAGGGCAGGCCCUCAUCAAAUAUGGCAUGAUUCACCAGUGAGCACAUUCCGUCCACGGGCUAAACCACUAUUCCAAUAUCGGCACUACAGUGAACAACAACCUUUGCGAUUGAAUCCUGCUGAGGUAUGCGAGGUUAUUGCUGCAGUUUGCUCUGAUGAGAUGUUGUCGCCAAAUGCUAACGCCAUGACAGUAUCAUCUAGAUUGAAUAAUAACAGUGGAAAGCCCUCAAUGGAUGUGGCCGUGAGCGUCCUUAUUAAACUUAUUAUAGACAUGUAUGUUUUGGAUGCUGUCAUUGCUGCUCCUCUCACUUUGUCUAUGCUUCAGGAAAUGCUCAGUUCUCCAAAAAUGGCUUGUAGGGCUCGUGCUUUUGAUUUAAUUUUGAACCUUGGUGUUCAUGCUCAAUUGUUAGAGCCAAUGGUAACCGAUAAUGCUUCCACAAUUGAAGAAGACUUUUCUCAAGAACCAUAUUUUGACAAUGAAGCUGAACUUGCUACUCCAGGAAAGGGGAAAAUGGAUUCUGUCAAAAUGGGCACUUCCUCGGCCAUUAGUGGUUUUGAAUCUUGGAUUUUAAACAUUUUAUAUGAGAUACUGCUGCUUCUUGUUCAGAUAGAAGAGAAGGAAGAAUUGGUUUGGGCUUCUGCUCUAAGCUGUUUACUAUAUUUUGUCUGUGAUAGAGGCAAAAUCCGGAGAAACCAGUUAAAUGAUCUUGACAUAAGGGUUAUUAAGGUACUGAUAGAAAUCAGCAGGAAAAAUUCUUGGGCAGAAGUAGUACAUUGCAAACUUGUUUCCAUGUUAGCAAACAUGUUUUAUCGAGUCCCUGAAGGAAAUAUGGAUGCUGUUUCAAGUUCCCCAAUUUUCCUUGUUGAACAAGUUGACCUGAUUGGUGGAAUCGAGUUUAUUUUUCUUGAGUAUACUCUGGCAAACUCCAGGGAAGAAAGAAGAAGCUUGUAUCUGGUCCUUUUUGACUAUGUUUUGCAUCAAAUAAAUGAAACAUGCAUAUGUACAGGGGUUAUGGAGUAUAGUGAGGAUGAGAUUCAGCCUCUUGCAGGCCUGCUCACUCUUGCAGAUGCUCCGGAAGCUUUUUAUAUUUCUGUUAAGCUUGGGAUUGAAGGUAUUGGGGAGAUUUUGCGGAGAUCAAUUUCUACAGCAUUGUCUAGGUAUCCCAACAGUGAACGAUUAAAUACGCUGCUGGAGAGUGUAACAGAGAAAUUUGAUGCAAUAAUAUCUUCAUUUACUCAUUUGGACAAAGAGUUCUCUCAUAUGCUGCAGAUGACAAAAUCUUACAAGGUUCUAGAAAGUGUUGAAGGUUCAGGCCUGAGAAAUGGUAUUGACAUGGAAGCAAAGCUAGCGUGGGCCACUUUACAUUCCCUUCUUCAUUCAGACAGAAUUUCUUACCGCCAGAAUGGAUAUACUUGGUUGGGGGAUCUGCUUAUUGCAGAGAUUAGUGAGGAAAAAAAUGGAAGCAUUUGGUCAAAUAUAAAAAAUCUGCAGCAAAAGAUUGCUCUUGCUGGUGUUCAAGAUGCCUCAUCUGCUUCAGAUGUCCCUUUAUCCAUUUCGCUGAUGUGCGGACUUUUGAAGUCAAGGAACUACAUUAUUAGAUGGGGCUUUUUGUUUGUUCUAGAAAGGCUUCUCAUGAGGUGCAAAUUUUUGUUAGAUGAGUAUGAUAUGCAGCACUCGAAUGGCGGUGAUGUUGGGCAUGUAGAGAAAGGUAGCCGUCUUGAGAAAGCUAAUGCAGUGAUAGACAUUAUGAGCAGUGCCUUGUCCUUGGUGUUUCAGAUUAACGAGACUGACCGCUACAAUAUUUUGAAGAUGUGUGAGAUACUAUUAUCCCAGUUGGGCUUUAGAGUUCCUCCAAAUGCAAUGUCCUUUGGAGAUGAUAUACACCUGAAUAGAGCUUCUAGUUUCAUCGAUGAUAGUAAAAAAUUUGGUGCUAGUGAUUGUGUCCCACAACAAGAGAAUUCUCCCAGUGACGUUUGUAUUGGAGAAGCUGAUGGCAGAUCGAACCUCAGUAGUAACAAUCCUUUAGAUCAUGAGACAGCAUCAAUGGCAGCACUGCUUUUACGAGGUCAGGCUGUAAUUCCUAUGCAGUUAGUUGCACGUGUACCUGCUGCAUUGUUCUAUUGGCCAUUGAUUCAACUUGCCAGUGCAGCAACAGACAAUAUUGCUUUGGGUGUGGCUGUUGGAAGCAAUGGAAGAGGGAACCUCCCUGGUGCCUCAUCAGAUAUUCGGUCUACCCUUUUGUUACUUCUAAUAGGAAAAUGUAGUGCAGAUUCUGCUGCUUUCCUAGAAGUUGGUGGUGAAGAAUUCUUUAGGCAUCUUUGUUUUGGCAGGGAGCUUUUAGACGAUCCAGAUUCAAGGGUUGCAUAUUACUCUUCAGCUUUUCUUUUGAAGCGAAUGAUGACUGGAAAGCCUGAAAAGUACCAGCACAUGCUUCAAAGUCUUGUUGUCAGAGCUCAGCAGAGCAACAAUGAAAAGUUGUUGGAAAAUCCAUACCUUCAAAUGCGUGGCAUACUUCAGCUGGCAAAUGACCUAGGAACUGGGUUAUAAUCUGAUGAUGCUCUUCUGUGGAUAUUGAUUUCUUUACUUGGAAUCACUGCUAAGCAGCGUCACGUCACAGGGGCUGAUGCUCCUAAGUUUUAGUGACUGGGGUUGUGUUUUCAAGUUUUAUAUGCCUAUAGCAGGGUAUGCAUGAUUUUUCAGGAUGCAGUUUCUUUUAGAUCUAGUUUAGUAACAAGGUAGGAGGCUAUUCUGAUAUUGGAUGAUUCUGGAAAAUCAAAUUGAGCUAACUAUACUUACUCCAAAGCAGUGCCUCUGCGUGUCUGGAAUGAGAUAACUAGAAAAUAGUGAACCACAUUAGCAAUUGCUUCCCGUAUUACUGUAUUCAGAUUGUACAUUUAGGUAGUGAACUAUGUUGGGACUUCCUUGUUCUGUAAGGUACAUGGAGUUUUAUCUUCAGCUGAAGGAUUGUUAAUGAGGCGCACAAGUAGUCCACAAACAUAUGUUUGAGUAGCUGAUUCAUUGAUACAUCUCCCUAUCCUUCUGGCAGUAACAAUGCAGUUCUGGGGCUUGGAUACAUCUUCAGUCGGCAUUUACAUUUACAAGACUAUGCGGGAAACUUCAGUAGAUCCAUUCUUUGUACAGAAUCAGAAUACGUCCAAGCCUUCUCGUUUUAUUAUUCCUGAAGGCGGUCUUGUGACUUACUUUUCUGAUCGCAUGCUUGGAUAAUAAAAAUCUCAAGUUUAUUAUAAAACUCACGGUGUUCCAUCACCUUGGCAGCAGUGAGAACGGAAUCAUCAGUGUCUUGUUGGUUUUUUGACAAGAUAAAUCAUGUUAGAGGAUAGAUUGGAUUGCAAGGCUUGGGGAUUUCUUUUAUUAUUAUUACUAUUGUUAUGUGGCAUAACAAAGGUGUCGAUUUUUAGGGGCAUAUUUAGUUGUGCCAUUUUUUCUUGAAAAGUUUCUGGUUUAUUUUUGACACUGUAAAUAUGUGGGUUUUUCUUUUAGGUUUUGUUGCUUUUGUGGUUUUUGAUAACCCAUCUCCAAUUAGUUGCGAUUGUUGUAAAAUGCCUGUUGAGAAAAUUGCUUAACAUAUGGCUGUUGAGAAAUUUUGUUUAAUGUAUGACAUUCAAAUGUUUGAUUUAUGAAGAAAGUAUUGAUUUUUGAGAAA